GCAGCAGAAAAUUUUGUGCGGCAAUUAAAAGAUUUUUGUACAGCUAUACAGUUAGAUCUCACGAUCCACUUGUUUGCAUUAUAAACAGUGAUGGGCAAACUGAUUGUGAGAGACCGAAGGUACAUUAUUAUCAGACAAAAGCAGUGUUCGCUGUGGCAAUUGCUUUCUGUGGACAACUUCAUAUAUUUUUUAUAAUGUCACCCACUUCUGCAUGAUACUAUAUUAAAAGGAAUAGCCCUGCAUUAUAGUAUUAAGUCGUCAUCGCUGCUGGUCUUAGUAUACAACAAUUGAAUAUCCAUAAAAUUUACCCACCAAAACUAAUUGUUUAUCACACUUUUGGGGUUUUUUUGGUGAAAAAAAAAAAAAACAUACUACAACUCAAAAAUUUAAUUUAUUAUAUAUUUGUUCCAAAUUUCAAAUACAUACAGUAUUAUUUGAGUUGAAAUUGUUGAUAUUAUUCUCUAGAUAUUUUAAUAAAAGUUGUUUGGUUACUUACAUUUAGUUUAGAACUAACAUUUGAUCUAACAACUAUGAAGUCGCCGUGUUUAUUGUUAAUUAUUUUAUUGUAUUUAAUACAAAAUUUACAAGUGGGGGCCUAUGAAACAACGAGGGAACCAAAGUUGGCUGCAGUAAAGCAAACGACUCUAAAGUUGGCACAUGUGCUUUUUCGUCAUGGCAUUAGAACCCCUGUUAAUACUUAUUCUAAUGAUCCUUAUAAAAAUGAAACCUUUUUCCCCUAUGGUUGGGGUCACUUAACUAAUGAUGGCAAACGAGAUCUUUAUCAAAUGGGAAAAUGGUUGGGCCGACGUUAUCAGGAGUUCUUAGCACCCUACUAUAAGCCAGAGUCAGUGUAUGCUAGAUCGACAGCCUCACCCCGCACUCUUAUGUCUAUGGCCACAGUAUUGGCUGGUAUGUUUCCUCCCAAUAACACACCCAUGAAAUGGAAUCCUAAAAUGAAUUGGCAGCCGAUACCGAUCUUUUCAGAACCUUUGGAUAAAGAUGUGGCAUUGCGCAUGCAGACUGAUUGUCGGGCCUACUCUGAAAUGGAAAGCAAGGUUGCACGACAAGAGAAACCUGAAGGUCUCUUUGAACAGUUAGCCCAGAUAACGGGAGAUAAUGUGACCAAAUCUGGCGAUGUCAGCUCUAUAUUUAUAACGCUAUGGGCAGAGCAAUUAUAUGGCUUAAAAUUACCCGAUUGGACACGAAACUUAUAUCCCGAUAAAAUGCGUUAUAUGGCCGAACAAAGUUAUGUCGAUUUAGUGGCAACUCCCGAAAUGAAACGCAUUAAGGCAGGACCAUUUCUUGAAAUGUUGACCAAACAAAUGUUGGAUAAAGCUAAUGGUACGCUUAAGCCUAAGGAGAGGAAAAUGUUUAUUUAUAGUGCUCAUGAUUGGACUAUCACCAAUAUAUUGAUUGGUUUGAAUGUAUGGAAAAGGCAAAUGCCUAAUUUUGCGGCUUUAAUAUUGUUUGAAUUGCAUCAAGAUAGAGAUACUAAGGAAUAUUAUAUGGAGCUUUAUUUCCAAAAUGGUCCUAAAAAUGCUUUAGAAUCUUUAACUUUACCGGGCUGUAGUUUUCAAUGCCCCUUGACUAAGGUUAUGGAACUGCUACAAGAUGUUUUACCCACCGGUACUUAUGAUGAAAUGUGUGAGAAUCAAUAGCGAGCGAUUAAGCAGAAACAGCUCUGAUUAGAAUGUAAUCAGUGAAUUUUGUAUUAACGUCACUUUUACUUUUUGUUUAUUGUAACGGCGAAAUAAAUUUUUAAUUAAUUUUAAAUGUU